AUGUCCACCGACUCCAACAACAACAGCCCGCUCAGCAAAACAACCACCGCACACGCCGAAGACCUCGAACCAGGCCGCUACGGCCCCCUCGCGCACAUCAACACCGCUGAAAGCCGCGUGCCCGCCUUUGGCGGCGAGUUCCAGCCGGGUUUGUACCGCUCGCCCAAGAACCGGCGUGUCGCCAACCCGGCGCCGCUGGGGCUGUGCGGGUUCGCGUUGACGACGUUCGUGCUGGGGUGUCUGGAGAUGGGCGUCAAGGGGAUCUCGAAGCCGAAUAUGAUUGUUGGGCCGGCUUUGGCUUAUGGGGGGCUUGUGCAGUUGCUUGCUGGGAUGUGGGAAAUGGCUGUGGGAAACACCUUCGGCGCAACGGUUCUCUCUUCCUAUGGCGGGUUCUGGAUGUCCACGGCUAUGAUCUUCAUACCGGGCGGAUUCAAUAUCAUGCAGUCGCUAGUAGAAGCGGACAACGGGUCCCCGAUCAUGUUCUACAAUGCGUUUGCGCUGUACUUGAUGGGCUGGUUCAUCUUCACCACCCUCAUCACCUUCUGCACCGUCAAAUCCACUGUCGCCUUCUUCUCGCUCUUCUUCUUCGUCGACAUCGCCCUGCUCCUCAUCAGCCUGGCCUACUUCUACCCGAACGCCCAGGGCCUGCCGAACGAAGCCCUCCGCAAGGCGGGCGGCCUGUUCGCGCUGCUGGGCGCGUUCUUGGCUUGGUAUAAUGCCUUUGCGGGCAUUGCUGAUAACAGUAAUAGCUUUUUUGUUCCGCCCGUGGUUCAUUUCCCGUGGUCGGAGAAGAGACAGUCGGCGAGACGGGGGCCUGAGAGUGCUGUUUAG